AUGGCUGAGCUGGCCAGGACACAACUUCCUCGGUUCAUGGGGACACGGUAUUCGAAGAUCGUGGAGACCUGUCUCACUGCUUUGGAUUCCGAAAAUAGCGAGUUUAGUGAUACUACCGAGUUUGAGGACGCCGAUGGAGUCCUCGUUGGAGUGCGGUAUAUAGAAAAAAUUCUUCACCGUUUGGAUCGACUAUAUAUCUAG